AUGUCCGGGGAAGGUAGACGUAACCUUGUCCGUUGGGACGACGACAAGGACAAGCAGUUGCUUCUGAGCAUUCAGUAUGUCUGCGCCAACCAGGGUAUCCGUCUCCCGUGGGACGCUAUCGCUGCACAAAUGGGUCCGCAUUUCUCUCAGGGUGCAUGCGUACAACACCUGUCCAAGUUGCGCAAUAAGAUGGUCGAACAGGAUAUUCCAGUCCCACCACCUCUCGCUCGUGGUCUCGUCACUACCAAGCCUUCUUCGGUCUACGCCAAGAGUGGUACUCCUAGAAAGCGCAAAGGCCAGAACAAUGGUGAUGGUGAUGAAGAACCUGCUCCGCCUGUCCAACCCCUCAACCCACUUCCGUCCCCUUCAGCCCCCAAAAAGCGCAAGAUCAAGAAGGAGGCCGGCAUCAAGCAGGAAGAUUCGGAUGGCGAGGCUGAGAUCGACAUGCCUGAUCUGCACGAUGACGACUCUGAUGAUGGAUACGCUCCCGCUACGAAGAAGAAGAAGACGGCGAGGAAGACAUCCAACUCCAAGGCCAAGACCAAGCCGAAGAAGAAGACCGCCAAGCAGAAUGCUGCCGACAAGACCCCUGAAGCUGAGUCUCCUGAGAAGAGCACCACGCCUCCUGUCUCACCCAAUGUGCGCACUCGUGGGGUCCGUGUCAACUAUGCUCACAUGGACCCGCCUGUUCUCGACAAUGAUGCCGAUACUCCUGCUACCACUACUCCGGAUGCGGCUGCAAGCACUGGCGAUAUUCAAGAACCUGCCGAUGGUGGUGUCAAGGUCGAGGAGCACUCUGUUGCACCCGCCAUCAGUGGUGCUCCCGAUUUCGCUGCUCCAAACGCUUCCACUCCAGAUGAUCAGUCCACUCGUCGUCAGCAGAUCGUUACAGGUCCCGCUGCUCCAUACUAUCAAGACUUCGGCGGCUACAAUCCCAACUUCGGCUUUGGAGCUCCUGGCAGUAAUCCUCCGGCUGGGGACCUACAAGAUCUCAGUGGCGGUAACGGUCCGUCCACCGACUGGCUCGGCUUCCCUCUCAACAACAGCGCCACUGGCAACCCCAUCUUCUCAGGCGAACCGUUUCCUACGCCUGCUCCUCUCCGUACUGGUGUUGGUGCGGGCAUUCAUGGUCCCGUCACCAAGCCUGGUACUAAUUCAUCCUCUUCUACCCCUAAGGCGGCCUCCGGUCCUGGCAAGAAGACUACUGCCAAGGAUGUCAUGGCGUCUGGCAAGCCCGCUCCCGAUCCCAAUGACAUGAGCCGCACCAAUUCCUAUCAGUCCACUCUGUCUGGUGGAAGCAUUCUAAGCCAAGACACUCUCCAGGGUGCGCCCGAAGGCAACGCUUUGUCUCAGUUCAACUUCGGCAGUGGUGGCGUGAACGAAUUCGAUCUCAACAGUACUGUCGGCAUGUUCGACAACAUGGGCGGGGCGAUGAACUUUGGUGAUGGAGGUCAGGACUUUGACUUCAGCAACUUUUGA